UCAAUGCAUUAACACUUCACAAGACAGAUUGUUGGCCCCCGAGUCCGAAGUGAAUCUAUCGAAAAAUUUUAAACAAAAGAUCGAACGUGAGACAGUAUUGUGUGUAUCAUUGUAAGUUUUUUUCCGAAGAAAAGAGUGAUAAAGAUACUAUUUGAAGAACAGGGCGCCUAAAAGUCAGGAUACGAACCUGAUCCAUCUCAAGCGCGGUGAGCCGCCGCGCUGGUGGGCCUAGCAGACGACAUGUUGGCUGCAGGGAGUACCUCGUCUCGGAUGUUUUGGUCGCGAAUUUCCUCGGGGAUUCUUGAGUGAGGAGAGUGAGCGAACGCGGUAAAAGUAAGGUGGAAAGAAAAUAAAAUCAUUCGAGGGUGUGUGCGAGAGAGGGCACACGGUUGGGUUCCCCGAGUGGUGGUUGUGCCGCGGUCGUCGACAAGAAGCUCGUGGAGAGGGGUAGAGACUAACGAGCGGCGGGGAGGGGGAACCCGGACGAGCCCUCGAAAAAUUGAGGAGUCAACGAAACGAAAAUUAGAAAAAGAAGAAAAAUUUCAAAAAUCUCUGGUGCGUAAAGAUUUUUUUGUGAAUCUUAGAAAGAACUUAGAAAGAUUGUCGGGACUGAAGUACGAAAAAGUUCAUGCGACUUAAAGAAAAUCGGUGUAAACUACUCAAUCGCAUAAAUCAUCUUCCUUAUUUAUGGGAGUUGUCGAUUCCACGACUUUCUUCAAUUUGCUUGAAUAAAGAGGUAGUAGCGCACCGGAGCCGAUCUAUUUUAACUUCUCGUUGUUCUGUCCGAAGGGUAGGGGCUGUGUGGUGAAGCGAGGCGAGGUCGAGCUGUCGUAUACACGCGUACGAGUCCCUUCCUUCUGAAACGAUUUCGCGUGUGCCUCGUGUUCGCGGGCCAUCACAGGAGGCGCAUCAGACAGUGCACGUCAACCUAUUAUCCCAGUCCCGGUCUUGCUCCCACUCUCGAGUAUUCAUCGUGCCUCGUGUGUACUCCCUCUAUCACAACCUGCAGCGAGUAUUUCGCGGCCGGUUUUUCGUCAGUGUCAAAUCGAAAAUUCGGAAGUGAUUCAAUUUUUUCUAUAUUAUCAUUAUUUUCUCAUCGUAUCAACAAGCAUUUAAUUAAUCGUGUUCAGUGUCAUCGCACGAUUCGCUUAUUUUCGUUUGAGUGAAUCAAUUUAUUAUCGAGCCAGGUGUUACGACCCGUAAACGUCGCUUCCCCACAACAGAUUGCCCUCCUAGAAAUUCCAGUAUUUAGCGCCCAUAUUCAACAAAUCAUUGUGAUCCUAUCUUUUCUGUAUAUUCAUAUUCGGCACGCACAAGAUAUCGAAGUUAGUCUGUUGGACCAGCAGUACUGUCGUUGAUCGUGUAUAGCUAUGGUUUCGCGGGUAGUGCGAAAUAGUGAAAGAAAAGCUGUGAAGUGAAUCGAGUGUAGUGCAAUUGAGAAGACAUCAAGACAUACAGAUGCGUAGUUGUUAUUAGUGUAAAAAACGGAGAUAGUAAAGGGGCGACAAUCAGAAAAGGAGAAAGAUUAGUAUAUAAGAGAAGGAGAGCGAAAGAGAGAAGCAUUAUUAAGGAAGAGGGAAGGAAAGAGAGUGAUUAAAGAAGAGAAAGAGAGAGAGAGUUUGAUAGAAGGACAAAACUCGAGUGUGGAGAAGUACGACACGGUGAUAGAUAAGUAUCGAGUGACAGACACGGUCGGAACGAAGGAACGAACUUAUAGUAGGUAUACGUCGAAAGGAAGUGAAUCUCUACGAAUUGCGGUGACAGAGAAUAUAUUUAUUGAACAUUACAUUCACACGAGAUAAACAACACGCGUUGACGAUAGACUCGUUGCGCGAGUCUAUUCUCUCUUAUUCGGGAGUAAUAUAGUGGUGAGAUUAUCUUUCUCCGAACUGAAACAACAGAGAACAACAGAAGUGGAAGGGAAGAGCGAAGAGGGUGAGCCGCGCGUGUCUCUCUCGUGGUGUGUCAUGGGGUGUUUCGGCAGCCAGAGCAGUAAGGCCAGCCAGGAUGACAGCAAGAACCAGAAGAGGCGCUCGGAUGCCAUUACCAGGCAAUUGCAAAAGGAUAAGCAACUUUAUCGAGCUACUCACAGACUUCUUUUGCUUGGAGCGGGAGAGUCUGGGAAGAGUACCAUCGUCAAACAGAUGAGGAUAUUGCACGUGGAUGGUUUCAGCGAAGCGGAAAAGCGGCAAAAAAUCGAGGACAUCAAAAAGAACAUCAGAGACGCGAUACUGACGAUAACCGGCGCGAUGAGCACGUUAACGCCACCCGUUGCUUUGGAGGAUCCGGCGAAUCAGAGCAAAGUCGACUAUAUCCAGGAAGUCUCAAACUCUCCGGACUUCGAUUAUCCCCCGGAGUUCUACGAUAUCGUCGAAGCCCUUUGGAAGGACCGAGGUGUUCAACAGAGUUUCGAAAGGAGUAACGAGUACCAACUAAUUGACUGCGCUAAAUAUUUUCUAGAUAAGGUAGCCAUUGUUAAACAACCGGAUUACACCCCCACAGAACAGGACAUCCUCAGGUGUCGAGUCCUCACGUCCGGUAUCUUCGAAACACGGUUUCAAGUCGACAAAGUAAACUUUCAUAUGUUCGACGUUGGUGGUCAACGUGAUGAGAGGAGAAAGUGGAUACAGUGUUUUAACGAUGUAACGGCAAUCAUAUUUGUAACAGCAUGUAGUAGUUAUAACAUGGUACUCAGGGAGGAUCCGACAAAAUUGAGACUCAGAGAAAGUUUGGAUCUCUUCAAAAGCAUUUGGAACAAUCGGUGGCUUCGCACAAUUUCCGUAAUUUUAUUCUUAAACAAACAAGAUCUAUUAGCGGAAAAGAUAAAAGCAGGAAAGCACAAAUUAGAAGAUUAUUUUCCAGAUUUUGCGAGAUAUCAGACACCGGUUGAUGCUGGGGUAGUAGUAGAUCCUUCGGAACCUCCUGACGUCAUGAGGGCCAAGUACUUCAUUAGAGACGAAUUUCUUCGUAUAAGCACAGCGAGCGGCGACGGCAAGCACUAUUGUUAUCCGCACUUUACAUGUGCCGUCGAUACGGAGAACAUCAAGAGAGUGUUUAACGAUUGUCGGGACAUCAUUCAACGGAUGCACUUGCGCCAGUACGAGCUCUUGUGACUUCGUUCCUGCCAACAUGUCCUGUCAUCUAUUCGUAUAAAAAUUACGGUAGUGAUCCAUCUUGAGCUAACGCGAGUCAAAUGAAUCGUACCGUGGGCGAUCUGAAUAAUAUCGCGAUGUACGACGAUAUAUAACAUUGGUACGUGGAACUCUUCUUCGCUUAUCUGAAGCCGUUUAAUUAUUCAGAAAGUAAUGCGUCGAAGACUCCGCGUGUAUGCAUACAUGAUUGAUGACUGCGAGUCGAUCAUUCUUCUUCGACAGAGAGUUCAAGGAGAAAAGUUGAUACGCAGUGGUUGGGGAUUACCUAAAGAAAAUCUGUCUCGCAAUGGAGAGAAUAGUUCUCUUUUUGCACAGAAUCGCUUACUAUGUCAUUGGUGUACAAGCAAAUUAUGCCCUUGCGCAUUCUACUCUAACGAUCGUUUUGACAGAAAAAAAAGAAAAAAAAAAGAAAAAAUAUCUUGGGCAUUUCGAUUACUCGACUCCUUUUUUAGGUUCCGUCGAGAGUGUGCUGAACGUCCUGAAUGGGGGGAAAUAAUAUUCUUUGCUAGAAAAAAAAAACACGUGCAAUUUUAACUAUUACCUCGUUAAUUUUAUUCUUAUUACGCAUCAAUUUGUUGAUAAGAGUGUGAGAAAAAGAGAGAGAGUCUGGAAGAGAGCGAGAAUGUACGAAUGUUUCAACGUGGGCCAUUGUUACAAACUAACAUGACGGCGAUCGCCUGGCUCCUUCGUCCGGCACACUCGUCGCGUUAUUAUCUCGUUCAGAUUUAGUAUUAAGAAUGUUUCCUUAAGAUUUAGGUGAUUUCUCCGAUAAAAAAAAAAUCCUUAUUGAACGUUGAACGUUUCUUUACUCAUUUUUCGAAUCUCUAUUUUUUCCCCUUAAAACGAUUUAAUUAUACUAUCUCCCUACUGUUUAUUGGUAAAUUAAUUUUUUCGAAUUUUCGAAUCUCGAUUUUUAAUCACAUUGGCCCGACCCGUAGGAGUCUCAGCCGCACGUCUUUUUACAAGAAGAGUAUUUUGUGAGAUUUUACAGUAUUUCGAAGAGCGUUUUAAUUAUAUAACUAUGUAUCAAAUAUGUACAGGGUGACCGUCCACGGAUUCAUGUUUUUAUGUACGUUUCCUAUGAAUCGAGAUUCCUCAUUGAUAUCGUUUUUACUGAUUUUCAUUGAACUAUUUUAAUUCGUGUACUUAGGCACAUAAAUAUUGUCAUUGUAGCUAGUGUCUACAUGUAAAUCCUAAACGUACGCAAGAGAAAUUGUGCCACGUGGGAAAUUCGUUUUACACGUACACUUCUGACUAUAGUGUUAGGCUCCAACUUUACAACAAUCAAACUUUACAUCAUUGUAAACGUUAUAAGUAACAUACGGAGGUAAUAAUAUUUUGCUUUAUUUAUUCGAUUUCGUAACAUAAAGUCUCGUGUCUCAUUUUCGAGUAUUAAAUGCUUUGUAUCCUCGGAGUAUGCAACGAUAAACGUGUACAAAUUUCGAUCGGUGCAUACUAAUAAUCAGUUAUCAUCCGAACUUCUUAGGGUAAAGUUUUCUGAACCAAAGUGCGAUGUGUGAAUUUCUUAUCUCACGUAUCUGUACUAUUUGGACACCCUGUAUAUCUCCUAUUACUUUCUUUUAAAUCUCGAUUGUAUUUUUUUCUUUCGUUCUACUUUUUUUUCUUUUUCUUUUUUUUUUUUUUUUUCUCUCUCUCUCUUCUCAAUUUCAUACCAGAAUCCAGAGGACGAGAGGGAUUUGUACGCGUGUGCGAACUGCUUCGAAACUACGCGCAUUGCGGUUAUAUCUCGCACGUGCGUACACGUGCGCGUUCUAUUAUAAUUAUAUAAAUUGAUAAAUUAAUAUACAUAUUAAUAACAGGGGAAAAAGGGGGGAAAGAAAAUAUUUAUCUCGAAUCGCAAUGCGCUUUUUUUUUUCGUGGCAGCACGUUCGCUCGUAUACUUACACACACUCGUACUCCUACGUUAAAACCGGGUUACUGAUCUGUGUAACAUCUACUUUUAUAAUAGGUAACAAGAGUUUAACGUCAAAUUAAACUGAAUAAAAUAAGGAUACGAAUAAGCCACGUUCCGAAGGUUUAUAUAACACGUCGUAAAUAUAUUAGGGCAUCCGGUCUUACUAUCCUUAUUAUUCUCUGUUUUUUGUCUUCUUUUUUUCUUUUUUACACAUUUUUCUUAUUAAAUUUAAUCAUGUUUAUUCCUUUUCUUUUUAUUUAUUUGUCACUAUUAAUUAUUUCUUCGUAAAAGAAAUAAGAAGAAAAUUGUUCACGAAAUAUUUCUCAAACGAGAAUGUUUUCUAUUUUUAAUUUUUAUAAUAUAUCUAGUUUAUUUUUGUAUCGAUUUGUAUCGGUCGUUUAAAAAGUAUUUCUAUCCACAAUUAUGGAUAAACCAGAUUGAUUUCAAUCUAUCUCAAUAAUGUUCCGUCUAAUCAUGUUUAACAUUAUGGCCGUUGAAACGAUGAGGAUAGAAAUUCCGGACAUUGCAUAAAUGGUUACUCCGUAAAUGCUAACGAGCCCACACCCUCAUAAAUGUAUUCUCAUGUAAUAUCAAUGUAUGGGCCCGUGUGCAUACAUAUAUAUGUAUACCUAUCGUACUAAACAUAACUGACAAGCCAUAGUUUGUAACGGUAUUUAUAACUUUACGAAGUGUUAUUUUUACUGUAAAACUUGAUGACAGAUGUAAGAGUGAAAGCAAGGAUGCGAAGGAGUGAAAGACAGUGAGCCUGUGCUGCGAGUAUAUAUAUAUAUACAUAUAUAUAUAUAUAUGUAUGUAUGUAUGUAUAUAUAUAUAAAAUAUUAUCUGUCGAUGAAACUUCCGUGAAACUUUAAUGUUCAUCCAGCACAAAGAAAUAUGAACCAUCAUUUCGUGUAUGUAAAGCGCAUGAACGAGUAUUGUGUAAUUGUAGUAUUGUUGCGAGUAUUUGUAGAUCUUGUGUCUUGUUACAAUUUUUUUUUCUUUUCUUUUUUUUUUUAAACCAAGGAACACGUUCGUUCUAAUUCUGAAUGCUUUAUCCAGUGAUAUCGGACAACAAAAAAAAGAAAAAAAUAAAAACAAAAAUUAUGUACUGGACUCAAAAAAAAAAAAAAAAAGUAUUCCUUCGAACGAUUGACACGUUUUCGCGUCGGCCGCGAUGCAAUAAGGAUAAAUGCAGAAGUAAAAGAAAAUACUUGCUACUAAUCACUUGUUGAAUGUAAAUGAAAUUCGUAAAUGUAAUUAUAAUCGAUUGUUGUGUGCGCGUACACAAGCGAGAAACAAAGCGGAUACCGAAUUAAUAAAUAAUUAAUAAAAUAUUACGUGGCCACGAUUAUAUCGAUAUAUACAUAUACAUACAUUCAUUAUAUAUACGUACAUAUAUAUAUUGUAUACAUACGCCGAUCGCACAAGUUUUUUUUUUUUUUUUUCUUUUAUCGUACGUACAAUGUACCAGGCAUGUGAAUAUGUACAUGUAAAAAUAAGCGGUGCAAGUAAUUAUUAUUUGUAAAUACAAUAAUAGCAGGUACAGAUGUAAAGCAAUGACGCAUCGAUAAUUUGACAAACACUGAUUCAAAACUGUGCGUUUGGUUUAUGAAUGGUACUAUUCGCUACAUAAUGUCCCCAUAAACGUGUUUUACGUUGGCGAUUUUGUAAAUUGCAUAACGCCGCUUGAAAAAAAAAAAUGUAUCGUGCAUUUAAAUCUUUUUGAUAGUGAUUGCGACUAUUAUUCUUAUUUUAAGAUAAAGAAAAAAAUUUUAUUUUUCUUUCUUAUCCUCCUCGAUGCUGCAACAAAAUCAAAAACGGCCCAUUCGCAUUUUAUACAAAAACGAACCACCCACCUCCUAUUUCUUCUUUCCUCGUGAUAUGACACCUCUCCCCCUCUCCCCUCCCCCCUCCUCGUGCAAGUGAAGAAAUUGUCGAUGAAUACGAUGUAACACGUUGUCCACGAAGCGCAUUAGUCCCUUUGUGGGCCACGUUGUUGAGAGUAUUGCCUUAAAAAAGCGAAAGUCAAGGUAGACGGAGUGUGCAUGGUUGAAAUCGUCGUAACGAGAGACAAAUGUAACGAGGUUUGCAACAUUUUUGGUUGCGAUUAUCGUUGAUAAAUGACCAAUGAUCGAAUUCGAUUUGCGAAAAUCAAUACCAUUUUUCAGGGUUCUUUAAUUGAUCCCAAAGAAUCUAAUCUAAUUGGAGAAAUUAAAAAUUCGAAAUUAUUAAUUAUGAAUUCGUUACACGUUACUAACUAAGCCACGGAACGUCUGCUCGUAGAUAAAUACGCGUUUUAUGCUAUCAUGCUCGCGUUUAUGUUAAGAAUACAGAGUCAUUUAUUGUGAUCGUCUUAUCGUUAUACUGUUACUCGAUAAAAAAUUGUCUUUACACAGUCAGAUUUUAUUAAAGCGAAAGAUGUAGUUAUAGUAUACUAUUAUUAUCAUCAUUAUUAUUAUUGUUAUUAUUAUUAUUAUUAUUAUUAUUAUUAUUAUUAUUAUUAUUAUUAUUAUUAUUAUUAUUAUAUUAUCAUUGCUAUCUUCUUCAUUCUCAUCCUCGUCGUCACAUUAUAUCAUUAUCAUCUUCAUUUUCACCAUCGUUAUUAAUAUUUUAAUAAUUUUAAUCAUUUAUUAUUGUGAUUAGCGAUUACCGUUGUAAUCAUUGUUAAAAGCUAUUUUCGGGAGAAAUUAGAUUCGUCGAUUUAAUCUAGAGCGAUUUAUUUAUUUAAAUGACUACGAUCAACGCAUAUUGAAAACAUUGUAAUUGCUAUAUUCGAAUAUUGUGGUUGUCGUUUCGAAUAAUAGAGAUAUUCGUCUUUCAUA